AUGACAUUUCCUGCGGCUUCUCCAAAGCCUUUUCGGGUUACCACGAAAGGAGAAGAAAAUCACAUUCCACAAGCCCGGGAGACUGGGCAAGUGGUUCCAGGGACUCAGAAUGCAAAUGCCACUACGGUGACAAAAGAUGGGCCUGCGACUAAACCGUGGGCUCAUCUUGUUGCGGGAGGGAUUGGUGGCAUGACAGCGGCGGCUUUGACUUCUCCUCUUGAUGUUCUGAAGACCAGAUUGCAAUCAGACUUUUACCAGGCGCAAUUAAAAGCGCUUCACGCUCAACAUCCACUACCACAAAAGACUACCCUCAUCUCACUCCCCCGAUCCGCCUAUUUCCACCUUGCAGAGACCGUUCAGAUCCUACGAUCAAUAUACCAACAUGAAGGAUUUCGGGCGCUUUUCCGUGGCCUAGGGGCAAAUCUGGUUGGCGUGGUUCCCGCACGAAGCAUCAACUUUUAUGUCUAUGGAAAUGGCAAGAGGAUACUGAACAACUACUUCAACCCUGAGGGCCGUGACAAUGUCUGGAGCAUCCACCUCGCGGCAGCAGCCACGGCAGGCAUUGCUACUGGCACUGCGACAAAUCCUAUUUGGUUGGUAAAGACGAGGCUGCAGUUAGACAAGAACAAUGCAAGCAAUAACCCUACACGUGGACGACAAUACAAAAACAGCUGGGACUGUAUCAAACAAACCGUCAGACAUGAAGGGAUAAGAGGACUUUACCGUGGUUUGUCCGCCUCGUAUCUCGGCGUCACCGAAUCAACUAUCCAAUGGGUCUUGUAUGAGCGCUUGAAAUUGUCUCUAGCCAGACGAGAAGCCAAAAGAUUAGCAAUUCCGGGCUACGAACGGACAUGGUUCGAUAAUACAGAGGAGUGGGGAGGAAAAUUCACCGCAGCUGCAGUCGCCAAACUCUUCGCCGCAGUCAUUACCUACCCCCAUGAAGUGGUCAGGACGAGAUUAAGACAAGCGCCCACAACUACCACGGAAACCGGUAAAGUCACCCUCAAGUACACUGGUCUGGUGCAGUGCUUCCGACUGGUGGCCAAAGAGGAAGGUCUUGCGGGGUUGUAUGGAGGCAUGACGCCGCAUUUGCUUCGGACAGUCCCCAGUGCCGCCAUCAUGUUUGGAAUGUGA